UCAAUAGCAAGUUAGCAACAUAAGCAAAACACAAAGCUAAUCAGGUUCAAGUUCAACACAUCUUAAACUUGGUAGCUUUUUUCUGGUGCUCAAAUGGGUAAAGGUGGACGAAUGCCUGUUAACACUGAUCAACAAAAACCGGUUGAUCAGAAAUUAAUCCGUCGAGUUCCUCACCAAAAACCGCCUUUUACGAUAUCCGAUAUCAAGAAGGCCAUUCCCCCACAUUGUUUCAAUCGUUCGAUUAUUCGUUCAUCUUCCUACCUUGUUUUCGACCUUAUCGCGUGUUUCUUGUUAUACCAUGUUGCGACGAGUUACAUACCCCUCAUUCCCGCACCCCUCUCGUACCUUGCAUGGACGGCCUAUGUUUACGUCCAAGGCUGUUUUAUGUUCGCGGUGUGGGUGGUGGCGCAUGAAUGCGGUCACCAGGCCUUUAGUGACUACCAUUGGCUAAAUGAUAGUCUCGGCUUUGUUCUGCAUUCUCUUCUCCUCGUACCUUAUUUUUCGUGGAAAAUUAGUCAUCGUCGCCACCAUGCAAACACUAAUUCUCUCGACCGGGAUGAAAAUCAUGUCCCGCGAUUCAAGAACACGAUCAGAUCAUACUACCAUCACUUCAACAACCCUCUAGGCCGCGUCUUCAUCAUCGCCUUCACUCUAAUUUUGGGAUGGCCUUUAUAUUUAAUCGUCAACAUUGCAGGACGAUCAUACGAUCGCUUUGCAUCACAUUUCGACCCCUAUAGUCCUAUUUAUUCGCAACGUGAGCGCGCUCAGAUUAUAUUAUCUGAUAUCGGUGUCCUUGCUGCUGGCUAUGGUUUAUAUCGGAUCGCUGCAAUCAAAGGCCUUUCGUGGGUUUUCUUAGUCUAUGGCGCCCCAUUACACGUAGCCAACGGAUUCCUCGUGAUGAUAACUCUCCUGCAUCACACUCAUCUCUCAUUGCCUCACUACGAUUCAUCCGAGUGGGAUUGGCUAAGGGGAGCCUUGGCUACUGUGGACCGAAACUACGGAAUACUAAACAUAGUGUUCCAUCACAUUGCGGAUACUCAUGUGCUUCAUCAUCUCAUCUCCAGCAUCCCUCAUUAUCAUUCCCAGGAGGCGUCCGAGGCCAUCAAGCCCGUCUUGGGGGAUUACUAUCACUACGAUGACACUCCGUUUUAUAAGGCGAUGUGGAGAGAAGCUAAGGAAUGUCUCUAUGUCGAGGCUGAGGAGGACGGUGAUAAGGCCAGUGGUGUCUACUGGUACAAAAAUAAGCUUUGAGUUUUGAGCUAUCUGCUCUGUAAAAAUUACAUUAUGUAUUUCGGCUAGCUCCAUUCCUUUGUAAUGUUUUCUUUGUUACAAAUGUAGUGUGUUUUGACGAUCAA